UAGGGCGGUGGUAGCCGUGUCCAGCGAGAUGCUGGUGUUGAUGCUGGUGGUGGCGGCGACCGCCCGGCUCUGGGCGCCGGUCGGAGCUAGUCAGCUGUGCCGGAUUCGCACGGUGAGGACAGGAAAAGUGUUUAACGUCAUUCAGCAAGUCCAAGGGGAUGUGCUGUAUUUUCAGUCUGGGACCAGGUUGAUUAAACAUGCUUGUGAUAAAAACAUAGCACUGUAUCUAGGAAAACACAUUUUUCUCACGAGAGACAACUUUGAGAGUAGUCUCCUUCCACUCACCAUCCCUACAUCCAUGACGGUGGGCGUGCCAGAAGUGACAUCAGCACAUUUUGCCAACGCGUUACUGCUGUUGGUAGUGAAUGGGAAAGUCUAUACUUAUGCCUACAAGGAGGAUGUCUGGCAGAUGGCGACAGGUAUUCAGCAUCCCGUUUCACACAUCUCUGGUGACAAUUGUUGUUUUGUUGGAAACACCUUUUGCACGGAGAUAAACAAUUCCAUUUUUGCAUAUUCGCGUGGAGAACAGGUAUCGCAGACCACUAUUUAUUCCUCCGAAAACGGAGGAAUAAGUUUCACCAAUUUUACCUUCAAAAACCAGGCAGGACUGGUCGGGUCUUUAGGGGGAGUCUUCUACUUCCAUUCCUUGUCACAGAUCGGGCUGCUGCUCGUGAACAGUGGGAAGGGCGUGUUCGUGUACUCGGAGCAGCCCCUCGACCGGAACCCGGGGCUGGCUUUCAGCUACGACGAGACCCUGGAUGUCUUCCUCUGCCCCGGCCUGAGAGGCUUUCUGAUCCUCUGGUCUGAGAAGACCCUCUUGGUUUCCCCCAACUCAGGUCAGCUCUUCGAAACUGUCCAGGUGCACAACGGAUCCCAGGUUCUGUCCACUUCCAUCUCCAGACUCAACAUCUCCAUCCACAGCAUCACUGCCAAUGAGCACACGCUGGCCGUGCUGACCAAGGAGGACGCUCUGUACUUCGGGAGUCUGGAAUUCCUGUCCAACUCCAUCAUCCAGGCUUCCCGGAAGUUCCUGGUGGCGACUACACUGGCCCAGGGCUCCGUCUGGUUCCCAGAGGCGGUGCUGAUGUUCUCCGGGGUGGGGAUGCUGGACAUCCUGACGCCGCUCCCCGACGCCGCCUUCCCCACCUUGGACCUGCAGAAGUGCCGGCUCAACGUCCAGGCCGUGCUCACGGACCCCGGCCUCCAGGUGAAACAGUGCAAGAUAGAACUUCUGGAAAGCAGAUUAGAAUCCGAGAUGUACACCAUUGACAUGAACAGCAAACUGAAUUUGUCCUUCACACUGAUACCCCGGCUGGGCAUGUCCCCCAUUCCACUGGUGAUGGUGAGCAACCCCUACUCCCUGGGGCUGCAGGCCACCAUCUACGAGGAGGCUGACAACACCUUCGACGGCAACAUCGUGUACAAACUGGACAUUGACCUCAAGCAGCAGCACCACUGGGGCAGGGCCUCCCCCAACUUCACCUCCAGCAUAAGGCGCCCCACGAUCUCCACUUUGACUGUGGACAUAGCCAACAGGGAGAUUUCGUGUGUGGACAUGAAGCCACAGUCGAUGCUCAUUUCUGUGGGUUGUGAUCUGGAAAAGAAGAUCGUUGUGCAGAACAAAAUCUCAGCCUGCUCCAAGGGCAUCCUGAACGCCGUGGAGCUCCAGAAAAACUUCUCCUACGUCAUCGAGAAGGAAUCCUACGACUCCAGCUACCAGGGGCAGCGGUCCAACAAGGACCUGGUGGUGCAGUACUCGUACAAGGACCUGGGCUGCCCGCGUCUCGUCUACUACGACACCCCCUGGAAGCCCGUGAUCGAGCUGUGGCGGAAGUCGGACUUCCAGGAGAUCGUGAGCGCCGAGUACGUGCUGCUGGAGGUGAACGGGGUGUUCACCUACUCCUACGCCAUGACCGCUGGCUCCGCCUCGUGCCUCAGCCAGCCCCAGAACUGGACCAGCAUCCUGGACUCGUCCUCCAAGAAGGGACCCUUCUCCUGGAACAGAGAGAACUACAUAAGCUGCCGCGACAGCAGCAGCAACCUCACUGCCUUGGAGUGGCCCGAUGUCCAGUACCAGGUCCUGGGGGGCCUAACAGACAACGAGAUCAUCUUCGACCAAAGGAACGGGUUCUACAUCUUCCACCUGUCCAUCGUGGACCCCUACUACAGCUACUGCCAGCUGGAGACCACCUUCAGCAUCUAYGUGUACGGGGCCUACCCGCGCAGAGCCAUCCCGCCAGAGGCCGCCAUCGUGCUGCUCGUCAGCGGCCUCCUGCUGGCCGUAUGGCUGGCCCACCUCGUCCUGCACACCAAGGAGGGCCACAGGUGCCAGCAGUGCUGUGCCAGCCUGUGCUGCUGCGGCUGUGCCAGGGCCAGGCACUGA